GAACCCUCCUCUCUUAAAUAAUAUCCCCCACACCCCCGAUUCAUGUUCCCCACCCAAUCGAUAUCGUAUCGAAACCCUAAUUCCCCAAAAAAUUCAUUUCCUAAUCCCCCCCAAAUCCCGAAACCCUAAUUCGGCGAUCGAUGGGUCCGGUGGUGCUCGCGUCGCAGCUGGCGACGGGGCUUGGCGUGCUGGCGGGGGCGGCGGUGCUGGUGAAGUCGGCGCUGGAGCGGGGCUCGGCGCCGACUUCGUCGUCGUCGUCGUCGUCGUGGCCGAGGUGCGGCACGUGCGGGGGGACGGGCCGGGUCACGUGCGUGUGCGCGCGGUGGUCGGACGGGGACGUGGGGUGCGGCACGUGCGCCCACCUCCCGGUCCGGCCGAACCGGCGCCCUUACCAGUAGUCGUAAUUACGAGCAACGGCGGGGGCAUUUACGGAAGGGAAAAAGAAAAAAAAAAAAGUAUGUACGUAUAUGUAUGUAUACGACGAGAUUAGGAGAUAUGGGGAAUUUGGGGGCUUUUAUUAUUAUUAUUAUUAUUUUUUUUAUUGGGGGCGAAAUUGCUAAAAUGAGACACUGCUAAUGUAUUUGUGUUUCGAGCGCAUGAUAGAUAUAAAAAAGGAAAAAAAAUAUAUUAAGUGGUACUAUAUAUUAUGUAACGCUUUUGCUCAAUUUAUGAGAUAUAUAGAUGAUUUUCAUUUUCAUUUGAUUUU